AUGAGCUUUAUCAACAAAGUCGUAAUCGUUACUGGUGCAAGCUCCGGUAUAGGCGCGGCUACAGCUGUGAGCUUUAGUUCUGAAGGUGCUCGCGUCGUACUUGUUGGGCGAAAUGAAGAUAAAUUAGCAGCAGUAGCCAAAAAGUGUAAAAAUCCUUUAGUGGUACGUGCCGAUGUUUCCAAAGAUGAAGACGUUAAAAAAAUAAUUGACCAAACAAUAAAAAAAUUUGGUCAGUUGGACGUGCUAGUUAACAAUGCUGGAACUGCCCUAGGAAUGAGCAGCCUGAUCGAAGGUGUAGACAUGAAAAUGUAUGACAGUAUCAUGGCUACGAAUCUACGGGGCGCUAUUUAUCUGACAAGUUUGGCUGCGCCGUAUUUGAUCAAAACCAAAGCCGGCAUGGAUCACUUCACUAGGAGUGCUGCAGUGGAACUGGGGCUUCAUGGCGUAAGAGUUAAUGCAAUCAGCCCAGGACCAGUGGUUACCGAUUUUUUGGAGAAUAGCAAACUGGAUUUGGAAUGGGAUAAAUUGUCCGACAUAACUAUCCUGAACAGUGUCCAAAUCGGAAGAAAUAGCAGAUUUAGCGAUAUUUCUAGCAAG